GGGAGAGGAGCCCCAGCCUGGGAUUGCCAGGAGUUUCCACUUGGUGACCAGCACUGAACACAGAAGACCAGGCAUGGAGUUGGGGCUGAGCUGGGUUUUCCUUGUUGCUCUUUUAAAAGGUGUGCAGUGUGAGGUGCAGCUGGUGGAGUCUGGGGGAGGCUUGGUCCAGCCUGGCGGGUCCCUGAGACUCUCCUGUGCAGCCUCCGGAUUCACCUUCAGUAACUACUGGAUGAACUGGGUCCGCCAGGCUCCAGGGAAGGGGCUGGAGUGGGUUGGAUUUAUUAAAAACAAAGCCGAUGGUGGAACAGCAGCAUACGCCGAAUCUGUGAAAGGCAGAUUCACCAUCUCAAGAGAUGAUUCAAAGAACACACUGUAUCUGCAAAUGAACAGCCUGAAAACCGAGGACACGGCCGUGUAUUACUGUCCCACCUUCACAAUUGCAGCAGCGGCCUCUCCUAGCCAGGACCCCGCAGAUCCCGGGUCUCCAGCCCCAAACCUGCGCAAUGUAAAGGAAGUCCCCGCUGAGCUACAGGGACCCAGCACCUCUGGGUGGGCGUGGCGGGGCGGGAAGCACCCGGGCAGCGGCGGCAGAGAUGCGCGGGGGCUGCUGGGAAGUGGGCGGUCCGAAAGGCGCAGGGCUGAUGGGACAUGGGCGGACCGGGGACGCGUCGGGGCCGGCGGGACGUGGGGGAUCCGGGGAUGCCAGGGGGUAGCUGGGGCGUGCGCGGUCCAGAGACGCCCGAGUCGCCAGGAAGCGGGGUUAGGACUUAGCGCCUCCUUCUCUUCUGGCCAUUCAGCGCCGAAAGUUCGGAAUCUCGGGGACCCUUGGGACCUCCCGCUGCGCCCUCUGGCCCCAGCUUCAGGAAGACCUGGCCAGGGGAAGGUGGGCGGCAUGAGCUGCUGCUGGCUACCGGGAAGGUGGAGGAGCCCGGGCCGCAUACGCCCCGGCCACCGCCGUCGCAGGUUCCCCGCAGGCUCGCGCUGUUCUGGUUGCUGGGCUCUGCGCGGGCCGCGUCGGGGCGCCUGCUGGGAGCGAGGAGGCGCCAUCCUGGCUGGCCUGCUCCAGGAGGAGGCUCGGGCCUGCACAGGCUCAGUUCUCGCGGAUGGGCGCGGGCGCUGGGGCGACGCCCUGCUAGAGGGAGCUGCUGGGGUGCGGAGAUGCUGGGGCGCCGCUGAGUCGCCUGGGUGUGAGGACCUCGCGCUGGCGCCUCUGGGGAAGGACGCGGAGCCACCGACGGGGAGCCAAGGGCUGCAGCUGGUGCUUGAGGCCCGCGGGCAGGCCCUUGGAGCGGCUGCUGCCCGCUGA